GGGUGUCGGACCAAAGCAGGGCUGCUCCUUUCAAACACCCAAAGAAAUUGCAAAGGAAAUUUUUAAUGGGAAAAUAAAGAUGACUUACCCGUCGUCUUACAUGUCCAGAUGCCUGAUCGCAAUUCUUCUUGUUGUUUGGCAGUUCAGGGCAUGAGGGACAAGCUGUGGUUUUGCAGUUAUGGUGCAGAAUAUGGGAACUUGGCUCGUGCUUUGUUUGGGCAGGUCUGUGCAGCCCCCUCCCGCAGCUCAGCCCCCUCCCACAGCUCAGCUCGCUGACCCACCGCAUCCCGUCCCUGUUAAUUAAUGUACGGAGAAUUUCAGGGCCCUCGGGUGGAAGUUUAUAAAUUGAUGCUCUGGGCUAUGAAUUAUGAAUGGAGUCAUAUCCCUGAUCACUGCAGUGCUACACUGAUGGUCCUGAAGCUGCUGAUCUGAGGUGACAGCUCAAAGCUUUUAAAGAUGUGAACAGCAAAACCUGGGAAUAAUUUGCUUUGCCAGCUACAAACCUCUUGGCCUACAGAUGGGGCUCAUCAUAUUCCCUCUCCUGCCUCCUCCUGUCUUCUCCUCUUUUGUUUUCCAGUAUUGCCUUCUCUCCUCACCUUCCCAGUUUGUCUUCACAGAUGUCCUGCUUGGCUGUGUGGACCAUCCCUUGGGAGCUGCAUCCUCCAUGGCAUGUGCCUCCCCCAGGGUUGCUGGUACCAGCUGGGGACAUCUGCCACAGCGCUGGUCCCAGCUGGUUGCCACAGGCCACCGGCCAUCCCCACCCAGGCGCAGGUCCCCACACCAUCCUGUGGCCUGUGCAAGCUCCUCACACUGGGCUCAGUGAGGUUUUGGCACAUCCCUGCAGCUUCAUCUCCCUUUGGCUAUAACUUUGUGCCCAGGAUGCUAUGUCAUCUCAUCUGGGCUCCCUUUCCCACAAAAGGCUGGAUGUGAUGAUCCUUUGAGGUCCCUUCCAGUGUGGCCUGUUCUAUGAUUCUGUAAGACGUCGUGUUUCACGGCUCCAUCUCCACCAGCGGUCUUUGGGCUGUUUGUCCUUGUUACCUCUCCACCACUGAGGCCAAAUCCUGCCUGCAGCAGCCAUAUGUGCUUAAACCUGUAAGCGUGGGUAUUUCUGGGGUUUGUUGCCUUUGGGAUUUGUCUGGAUUUCUGCAUUCUUGCCUCUGGGAGCGGCUCCCUCCCGGUGCCCGAUGGCCGGCAGCGCUGCCUGCCCUGGCUCCCCGGCAGCAGUGGGGCAGUGUGAGUAGAGCUUCAUCCCAAAAAGGAGCUUCACAAACCUGUCAGUUGUUACAAACUCUGGCAAAGCUCUGCAUAUUCCCCGCCAUGGUGCUGUGCACCCCACAGCGCUCGGGUGGGAGGGAGCAGAGGUGCUCCCCAGGGAUGACAGCACCGCGGGAAACCAUCCCAGCCCAAGCAGUGAAUGCAGGAAAGGGACACUUGUCCUUUCCAGUCCUUUCCAGCUGAGCCAUGGUGAGCCAGGCAGCAUAUAAUACUUCAUAUAAAACUUCAAAGGCAAAGUCGUGGCGUCUGGGUAAGGUGUCCUGCCCUGGGCUGGGGUGCAGGAGCACUCUGGCAGGUCCUGAUUGCAUCUUGUUUCUCUUGCACAGGGGAUGCUGUAGCCAUGCAAGGUGAAGGAUGGACUGACAGGCGCUGGCAGAACCACAGCAGUUGUUUAUCCGCCUGAAGCAAGGGAGGGCAGCGCAGUCUGCAGGGAAAGAGCCAUUUUUCGGACACAAACAUCCUCCUGCAGCUACAGUGAGGGGAGAGGAGCUGCUGCCGCAGAUUGAGCACGCUUCUGGAGGGGAAAAUACCACUUUGGUUUGGUGUCUAAUUAGAUAUUUACCAGGAAGGAAGGAAAGUUAAAAAUAGGGUGACAGUGACUUCAAAGGGUGUUUUUGACUUCUAAGAAUAACACCUUUGCUGGCACCGAUUUCAGGAAUAUCAGCUGUGCCUGGGUGUGAAAGACAGAGGAAAUGUUGCAGCUUGGUUGGUAGCCAAGGGAGAGAACCCAGACCUGCAGCCCCUGGCCUGGCCGUGCGGGAGCAGCUGCGCUGCGGAGGGGACGUUUGCAUCACUGCAGGGGCACGUGGAGAGCUCAGCUGCCUCUGCAGGGACGUAGCGGAGGGAGUUUGGGGAAGACGAAGACCCUGGUGCCCUGGCGUGUGUGGGAGGGGAUGUGUGGCACCAUGGGGAACCCCUCUCCGUGGGCAGUGCUGGUGCUUGUCAUGAUGCUGGCGGGACUCCUGGCUCCCUGUGUGGCACACGAGCAGCCCAACUUCAUUGUCAUCCUGGCAGAUGAUGUGGGCUGGGGGGAUCUAGGGGCCAACUGGGCAGAGACGAAGGAGACCCCACAUUUGGAUGAGCUGGCUGCUGAAGGGACAAGGUUCGUGGAUUUCCACUCGGCUGCAUCCACUUGCUCCCCAUCCCGCGCCUCCCUGCUCACGGGGCGCCUUGGUGCACGCAAUGGGGUGACCCACAACUUUGCUGUCACGUCGGUCGGUGGCCUCCCCCUGAAUGAGACCACCCUAGCUGAGGUCCUGCAGGAGGCUGGGUACAGCACGGGGGCUAUAGGCAAGUGGCACCUGGGACACCACGGCCGCCAUCACCCCAGCUUCCGUGGAUUUGACUACUACUUGGGGAUCCCCUACAGCCAUGACAUGGGCUGCACGGACACCCCCGGCUACAACCUGCCACCCUGCCCGCCUUGCCCGAGUCAUGGCACGACUGCCAGCAGGGUGGUGAGGAAGGACUGUUACGCAGAAAUCGCCCUUCCUCUCUUCGAGAACGUCACCAUCGUCCAACAGCCCGUCAACCUCAGCAGCCUGGCAGCGCGCUACGCGGAGGAGGCGGCGCGGUUCAUCCGGCAGGCAAGCGACAGCGGACGCCCCUUCUUCCUCUACCUGGCGCUGGCCCAUAUGCACGUCCCGCUGGGGGUCCCCCCGCCACCCCCAGCCUCGGGCAGGGGCAUCUACGGAGCCGCCCUGCGCGAGAUGGAUGCCUUGGUGGGACGGAUCAAGCAGGUCGCCGACGGCCACGGAAAGGGCAGCACGCUCCUGUGGUUCGCAGGUGACAAUGGCCCUUGGGCGCAGAAGUGUGAGCUGGCGGGGCGCCUGGGGCCGUUCCUGGGCACCUGGCAGAGGCAGCGAGGUGGGAGCUCGGCGAAGCAAACGACCUGGGAAGGAGGGCACCGGGUGCCGGCGCUGGCGUACUGGCCCGGCCGCAUCCCUGCCAAGCGGACGAGCCAGGCUCUGCUCAGCACCCUGGACAUCUUCCCUACGCUGGUGGCCCUGGCUGGGGCAGCACUUCCCCCAGACAGGCGCUUUGAUGGCUUGGACGUGUCCCCGGUUCUCUUUGGGUGGUCGGAUGUGGGGCACAAGGUUCUGCUGCACCCCAACAGCGGGGCGGCUGGGAAGGACGGUGGGAUAGAGGCGCUGCGGCUGGCUCAGUACAAGGCAUUUUACACCACAGGAGGGGCGAUGGCUUGCGAUGGGAGCAUUGGGCCAGCUGAGCAUCACCAGCCACCCCUCAUUUUUAAUCUGGAUCAUGAUAUGCAGGAGCAGCAGCCUUUGGACGUGGCAUCCAGAGAGUAUCAGGCAGUGCUACCUGCCAUCAGCAGGGCUUACGCCCAAGCUCUGGAGGACAUCACAACAGACAACGUCUCGGUUGCAGAUUACUCCAAAGACCCGGCUGCGACGCCCUGCUGCAACGUGCAGCACGUGGCUUGCCGCUGCCGAGCGCCCGGGUCCCACGCAGCUGUGCCGGCCCAUCAUGCGGAAAGAAGAGCAACGUGGCUUUGUCUUUAAGCAAAGAAUUGCUCAAGCUGCUUGCUCCUUUC